AAAGCUUAAUGACUCCUCUGAAAAAUCAAUUUAUUCUUUAGAUAGAAAAUAGGAUGGUAAAAACGCCACUUCAUUUUCAACUUGUGAAACAAAUCAGCGUGACAGUUCGUGGUCCUCAGGGUGACGCCUUGGCAUCUAAGGGACGUUGUGCUGUCCCUGGGACUCCCUAGCACCUUAAAUUUAUUGCAGCUCAACAUGUGCAACAUUUAUUUAAAGCUCAACAUGUGUGACAUGAACAUUGAUGAAAGCUCAACAGACGCAAUCGGCCACAUGUGCGAUUAUCUUUGUUUCAAUCGCCCUUAACACUCUAUAGAUUAUGUGAAGACAGCAAACAUGUUUUGUUCUUCAUUGAUUAAUCUUUCAUUUCUUAGAUUUUCGCGUCGUCAAUCCAGAUGCAGCUUCUUAUUCUUGAUUUAAAAAAUUUGUGCCGUUAGGUAUAGGUAUUCCAUUUCCCACGCUCGAAUUCAACACUUUUUAAGCUUCAGGAUCAGUUUUAUUUAAUUUGCACGAUUGAACUACAUGUACUGGAAUAUGACUGUGAUUUCCGAACACCCUGUUUGUUUGACGCGUGUCUAAGCUCCUCUGAAGUCCUCUUCACGUUAGGUAUUUUCCUGAUUUCCGUAAGUACAUUUUGAAGUAUCUGACUACGGAUCUCGGUUGUUUGGUUGUUUUGUAGGCCUGAAACCUUACUUUUCUCUGAUUCUUUGGCGCGGUUGGCUGACGUCUCUUUCAUGCGAUUUCUUGGAGGAGUGACUUCGUUUGUAUUGCUGUACAAGUGUUCUCUCUAAUGCUACACUUCUUUGAGAUGCUAACGCUGCUCCUUUGUUGCUAGUUACAGCGGCCGGGCCUCUUGAAAUCUACCGCCGCUGGUGGAAUAAUUUGAGAAGUUUGCUAAAAUUGAGACUUUCUGACUUGCUGGUGAUGCUUUUUUUAACAUCCUGUGCUAAAUAGCUUGAUAACUGACUACUAAUGUUGAAACUACCUGUACUAGUAUGUAAUUGGGUUAAUAUCUCCCGACUUGUAUUGAACUAUAAUUUUUAAAAUUAUGGCGGAAUCAAGUAUGAAUUAUUGUUUUCAACAUCUCUUAAUUUUAGCCAAUUGAAAGUUUAAUUAUGUUGAAAACUAUUGAAUCGUCUUUUUGAAUUUCAGGACAUAUAUAAUAAUUCAUGAUGAUCAAUUGCUUAAUUAUGAUGAUUAAUCAUGAGGAAUGAAAAUAUUGACGGGGUUAAUAUAAUGGGACUUGCUUGAAUUUUUUUCGCCAUUUAGGUUCUUGUUCUCUGUUAAGUCAAUCUAGGAAAUUCGAGAAUGGACUCAGAUUGCACCUCCGCGGAAAUAUCCAAGCCCUCUAGUGUCACCGUGAUGCCCUCAGCACCAGUUCUCGUUGAGGAGCAGCCUGAACCUGCCCUUAGAAGCGACCCUCUCGCUACCCUCGCGUCCGUAGCAUCAAAUCCUGGAAAUCCUACAAACCUUGAGGACAAUUAUCUCCCUCCCCACGAUAAUUGUCCUAGUAAAUCUUCGGCCAGCGAGACUCAGAAUGACUGUGUGAGUUUGUCUUCCGACACCAAGUUUAGCAGCUCAGAAGAUAUUAAUAUAAAGCUGGAAGGCUCAAUUGUGUCGCCGUCAAUGGUCACUUCUAUGCCGGCGGCGGUGUCUUCAAACGCGUCCAGUACUGAUGGCCUCUACUGCGGUGCCAUGGCAGAAGCUACGGUAACUUCAAAACCUAUAACAAAUGUGUCGUCACAAUCCCCAGCAACGUUCGAGGUGACCGCCUCAAACUCUGCCAUGACUACGCCUUCGUUGAAAGAAGUUGCUGCUCUCACGAACAAGCCUGCAGAUAAUUCCCCGGCUGCCGAUUCUGUGAAAGCUUCCAAUGCUGUUGAACAUAAAUUAUCUGAUUCCAGCGCGACAAGAGACUCGAGUGUCCUUGGAGGCGUCGGCAAAAUGAAAGAACUCAGAGAGAGAGCCAAGCUCCGGCGGCAACUCGUCGCCCAGCAACUAGGCGUGUGGUGCCCGGACCGUCUGGGCGAGGCGCUGGGCAACGUCCCGUCGGGAGGAGGUUCUUCGGAUGAACUGCAGCAGCGCGGCAGCCGAUCUCACCGCCGCCACCACGCCGCCAACAAACACACUGUCGCACUCUACACCGACUCCACUACCUUCCUUAAAGGAACACAGUCCGCGAACCCCCACAACGACUACUGCCAACACUUCGUGGACACCGGCCACCGGCCACAGAACUUCAUCAGAGACGUCGGUCUUGCUGAUCGUUUUGAAGAAUACCCCAAACUGAGGGAGCUCAUCAAGCUCAAGGACGACUUGAUAGCAGCUACCGCGAGUCCGCCGAGUUACCUGAAGGCGGACCUGCACCACUUCCCGCUGACGUCCCUACAGUGCGUGUUCGACGUGAUCCUGGUAGAGCCGCCCCUGGAGGAGUACCAGCACACCGCCCCUGGACACGCCUCCGCUCUCGGAGGAUUCUGGGACUGGAAUCAAAUACGCGAGCUGGAUAUUGCACAGGUGGCGGCGCCUCGCAGCUUCAUCUUCCUGUGGGUGGGGUCGUCCGAGGGCUUGGAUGAAGGCCGGCGCUGCCUGCGCUCCUGGGGCUUCAGGCGCUGCGAGGACAUCUGCUGGAUUCGCUCCAACGCCUCCUGCCCUGGACACGCUAAGAACCUCGACCAUAAAGCUGUCUUCCAGAGAACUAAGGAGCACUGCCUGAUGGGCAUCAAAGGCACUGUGAGGCGCAGCACGGACGGCGAUUUUAUCCACGCCAACGUUGACAUCGACCUCAUCAUCACGGAGGAGAGCAGCGCUGGCACGCUUGAUAAACCCGUCGAGAUAUUCCACAUCAUCGAACAUUUCUGCCUCGGCAAGAGGAGACUGCACCUGUUCGGCCGCGACCCAAGCAUCCGGCCAGGCUGGCUCACCGUAGGCCCCGACUUGAGCAGCAGUAAUUUCGACCCUGGCCUUUACUCGUCCUUCUUCAACCCCGACGCUGGCGGGAGCUUGACGACGGGCUGCACAGACCGCAUCGAGGCCCUCAGGCCCAAGUCGCCCCCUCCUAAGGCGGGGGGCAAGGUCAGGGGCGCGUACAUCCGUGGCAGAGGUAGAGGCAGAUGAUCUCAGGCCGAAUCUGCUACUGACGAAACUUGAAAGUUAUUUUAUGAAACUUAUUUUAAUUUAGUGUAUUUUUUCCAACCUUGAAGUGUUCAAGCCUUCCCUCGAAGAAGGGAAGGGACUCAAAACUACAUAUUUUUAUAUUAAUUUAUGAUCUUAUUAAAUCUAAUAUUUGAAAAGCUAUGUCAGAUUUUUUUCUGCUUAUGCACUUAGCUUCAUAAUAAUAAACGGUCGUUUUGUACAUAACUGCUUUUCGACAUUUUCUGAUCAGCAUUAAUUGUCUUAGUGUUCUUCCUAUGGCUGUGGUCCCAAACUAGUACGCGACCGGAGCGGGAUUCUCUGGUGGGUGUACGUCGACAAUUUUAGAGUAUGAACAAUUGUAAUUAAUUUUUAUUUAUUUCACAGAAAUGUUGUGUAGAACUCAAGAUAAUAUGACAACGAUUUGCGACUGUUAUUACUCUCCACCGGCCUGGUUCUAGCUGACCACUAAUGAAUUCAAUCAGAAUACUCAUCUAAUUCCCUAAUUAUUAGCGCCUUCAGCAGAAUUAAGGGCAGCGAAUAUUUCAUAUUAGCCGCAAUAUUAUUCGGUAGUAUGUGACUUAUACCCGGUGAUACACUACGACUGUCCAGGACCUCCGAGACUCGAAUAUUAUUAAAGGCAGCGUUUCCUCCCGUGUAUGUUGUAUUGCGGGCAAGCAACCUCUGCUUAAGCUUGAAGUUUCACCUUCAUUGUACACGCGUCGUAUGGAGCAAUAUUGUCGGGUGAAAUGUGUACCUAUGCAUUUUGCGUGGCAUAUUUGACUCUGAUUGAGACAUCGUUGAUAUUCCUGUAAUUGAUUGCAUGGUGAAGUCAUGCGUUAGGUUGACUUACUAUUUCAUACGUUUUGUAAUUCUGUAUUUUUGCAUUGUUGUAGAAGAUUCGCAGCAAACGAAAACGAGAACUAAUUUAUUGUGAUGGUGGUUCCGAAGCCCCAAGCUACCGAUAAAUAAAUACCUUUACAGCUAAUACCCUCGUUCUGUAGAAGUCCUCACGGGAGGCUUUCACUGCGUCCUCAAUUUGAACUUCGUACGUAGCUCGCCUUGUUUACAAUACAAUAAUUACUGCAAGCUUUUAAGAAAUUUCCUUGAAAAUGACGGACGUGUUUAGGAGGCUGUUUCAGUGGUAAUUGGGGCUUUUGAUGAUUGUCCUUUGGUAAUUCAGUCACGUACUUAAAUUUGUUCUCAUUUGCACCACGCGUCGCAGUUGUUUAGGUAAUUUUUUCUUUACUACGCCGACAACGAAUCCUGAUCCUUCGAUUAUUUAGUAUUUGCUGGACGCACCCUACUUAAUGUGGUAGGUAAUGUACAUAAUGCUGUAUAAAUACUUGUUUAUCGAGUACAUAAGCUAGUAUUAGCGUGCUCAUAUUAAGAUGUUCUAAUAAUUAUUAUAUAAUUAAUUAAUUAUCUUUCAUCGUAGGACAUUUUGUGUUGUCAACGAAUUCUCAUGAUUUGUCUGGGAAGUUUUAUUCAUUUUCGGAUCUUUACUCCAAGUCGAAAGUCCGUUGGUCUUCACUCGGAUCUACUGUAGUCUCCACUUUUCUUUUUAAAUUAUUAUAAACUUGACUUGCCAUUUACCAUUGAAAAAUGCUAGUUUAUAGAUGACCUAGCUUUUUACGGUUAUAUGGGAAAACAAUUUUAGUUUGCAAUUGGUUCAACUUUCCCGACAUUAAGUGUUAUUGGCAUUAAAAAUUAAAUUUGUUAAGCAUAAAUUUUAUUAAUAUUAAAAAAUGUAUAGAAGAUAAAAAAUGAAAUCGGUGAUCGUUCGAAUAUAUUGUUCAUAAGAAUAAUACUACUGAACUUUAACCUAACACUGGGAUGAGUUAGCCAAGUGGCCCGCAAGUUUGAAAAUGAUCGAGCAAGUUGAUAUGACUUACAUUAAAGUUGUUAUGUACCUAAUGAUUGAAACGUGGAAUUCAAUACAAUCUUUAUGUUCCCCCUGA